AGCUGUCGUGUGGGAUCAGAGCGAGAGGCAGGCGUCCAGAGCCGAUCAUUAAAACACACUCUCUUCAUCUAUUUGGCGGGUAAUUCAGGAAAGAAGCGAUGGCCCGUAAAUAUAGCAGGAAAGAGUAUCUGUCAGUCAAGGACCUGGAGAAAGUCUUGGACUCGUGUAAGUUAAACUUGCACCAAAUCGACGAGGUCUGGCCAAACCUGUUCAUCGGGAACGUAGGAAUAGCACAGAACCGGAGCGCUCUGCAGAAGCUGGGCAUCACUCACAUCCUGAACGCCGCUCACUCCAAGAGAGGAAGCAUCGGGGACCAGAACUACUACGGCGCUAGCUUUGUGUACUGCGGGAUCCCCGCUGACGACUCCACGCACUUCGAUCUGGAUGUUUACUUCAAACCCGCAGCAGAUUUCAUUCACAGAGCUCUCAACAGUCCUGACGGGAAGGUUCUGGUGCACUGCAUCAUGGGAAUGAGCCGCUCGUCGUCGCUGGUGCUGGCGUACCUGAUGCUUUAUCACGACAUGCCUCUGCACACGGCCAUACGCCGAGUCAUCCAGAAACGAGCCAUCUAUCCCAACAGGAACUUCCUGGCUCUGCUGCUGGACCUGGACCUGCAGAGGAAGAAGAAACACAGAUGGUGUGUCCUGCUCUGAGCGGAGCACGCAACGAUCUUAAAGCUGGAACAGAAAACGUUGACACGCUCGACACGCGAUGCUCGCUGCGACGUGAAGCUGGAAUUUUGGACCAAUGAGAUUCGGAGCUUAUGCAAAAGAAAAGGUUAUUUUCUUUCUUAGUUUACCAUUAAAUGAUAUUUUGCUGAAUAUGUCAUCACCCUCAGGUCAUCGAGGACGCAUGCGUGCCGGUUUCUUCAUCAAAUCUGAAGGAAUGCCUCUGAAGUGAAUGGGUGCCGUCGGGAAUGAAAGCCAUCACAAUAAUCCGCAGCGCUCCAGUCCAUCGGUUAGCAUCUGGAGAGCAAAAAAAAAAAAAAAUAAACAAAUCCAUCUUAAGAUGUUUCUUUUACUAAAAUAUGAGUUCAUGAUCCACUUCCUCCAGUCAGAAUCAGGAGAGAAACCCGCACAGAUCAAGCAGCGUUUACAAAACAGCUCCAAACUCAUACGUGGGUUUUUUUUACACACCAUUUAAAAUAAUCGUAAAAUAAUAAUUAAUAGAGAUCAAAUUAAAAGACCGUUCAGAUUGUUAUUCUGACGGCACCCAUUCACUGUCUGGGAUGGCGUGAGGGUGAACACAAUUUUUUCGUGUCAUUUGAAUAAAAAAAAUGACAUAUACUUAUCGCACACAAAUACUGGUUGCAACGAUCCUUUUUAAAUAGAUUGUUUUAUGUUUAUACGUAGUUAAAAAUACAGAUUAUUGCCACCAGUGUUUGUGUGUUAAGCUGAUCUCAGUCUCCUCUAUGCUGCUGAGAGUCGAGGGAGAUGCUUCUAGCAUCCGCCGAAAGCACGAAUGACGGCAAUCGCUCACUGCAGAGAUGUCUAUUCAGGUAGUAUUUCAGGGGGUUUUGGGUAAAUGCUGUGAAUUAUGACCGAAAGGCUUGAACAUGCACAUCGGGUGCAAACACACCUAUGCACUUUUAGAGGGUAUCUACGGAACGGGAAAAGGUUUAUAAAUCCGUGCAAACAGGUACAUCACGCAAGUUGACUUAAUUAAUGCCUCUGAGCCGUUUAGUAAAAAUACACACAUUCACAAACACAACACACUACCUCCAUUAAAUGCACAGCAGCCUCUGGACCAUCACACACUGUUUACAACAGGACCAAAACACCACCGAUCCACGUCACACACACACUGUGCCUUACCUCUGGUUACACAACUUUAAAAGUUUUAAAUAUUACGGAAAUGUCACCGAGUCGUCUUAUCAAUGAUUUUUGUGUUAAAUAUGCUUAACUGACUGCUUUUAAACUGCUUAUAAACUCAUACAAUGACUAAAUAAAUGUGAUUAUUUUGAUAUUUUAGAUGAACGAUAUUAAACCUAUUUAUGAAUCAUAUUGUCCCUGUGUAGCACUUUGGUCAACUUCGGGUUGUUUUUAAAUGCUUUUUAAAUAAACUAUUAAAAGAAAAUAAUGAAUUCUAUUAUAAUGAAAAAAAAAAAAACAAAGCAAAUAAAGUUCAUCUUGAUUUCA